AUGGCUGGUUUCCACCACCCUGGAGAAUCCUACUUUCCCAAUCAGGGAAAUAACGGAUGGCUAGAGGAAUCCGACGAGGACCCUGAAGAGGAACCUAAAGAGGAGCCUGAAGAGGACCUUGAGGAAGAGGAAGAAGAAUGUAACAUCCGGUUUUCCAGUGAAAGUAAUAUGUUUGAUUUAAAUCAGGAACCAGAGAUGCACAAUACAUUUUCGUUUCAACAACCUUCAACAUUUUAUUCAAAUUCACUUAUGAGUGAAAUUCCAAAUGAAUUUCAUCCAUACGUUACAAACAUCGAAGAUGUGGAGGGAGAUGGAAAUUGUGGAUUUCGGGCAAUAGCCGUCUCCCUUGGGUAUAGUCAAAAUAAUUGGCAUCAAAUCCGCUCAGAAUUACACAACGAAUUAUUAGAAAAUUGGGGGCGAUAUGCAAUGAUUUUUCAGGAUGAUAUAAACAGCGUACAUCACUCGUUGAGUUUCACUGGAUUAGGUUCUGCACAAAGUGAAUAUUGGUUGAUUAUGCCGGAUACUAGAUUCCUCAUUGCUAAUAAGUAUGGUGUAAUCGUCUAUUUUUUAGACAAACAAGGUUCGUCAACAUGUUUUCCGCUUUGGCAUGGCCCGCAAGACAUCUCACAUCAUAGAUCUAUUGUUAUCGUCUUUGUUUAUAAUGGUCAUUACGUAAAAGUUGAUUUACAAGAAUCACAUCCAAUGCCUACAAUUUUGUCACUUUGGCGUCACUACAGAUCAAAAUGUGCCGCUGGAUGGGAAAUAUUAUAUAAUGCUCGACUUAAUGCAUAUAUUACACCGAAUGCACCAUGUAAUAAUUGUAAUAUUCAUGUAAUUGAUGUCCCUGAUAAUUAA